CCUCAUUUUCUUUCCCUGAUAUCUUUCAGGUUUCAUCACCAGUCUUAUCUUUAACUUUUAAAACACAGAGGUUGGUCAAAUACAUAGUUGAGGAGGCAGUUUUCAAUUUCUCAGCAAAAAUGGCCUCCACAUUCUCUCUGCAAACGGUGCCUGCUCCUCGCCUUGUCUUCAAGGGUACUGAUGGUCAAGAUGUUAAAAAUCUGAGUAGGACAUGUAUGAUAUCAGCUAUGAGAAGUUCUGCUUCUGGUACUUUAAGCUUUGCUGGAAGAGCAUUGACAUCAAGAUCUCGCUAUUCAUUAAGUUUUCCCAUCACACAGCUUUCCAAAGCCCCUUCUGUUAAGCACCAGAGGAUGGCAUGCAUCAAGGCUAUGGCAAAUGACCUUGAGGUACAAGCAAAAGUGACAACCAAGGUCUUUUUUGAUGUUGACAUUGGAGGUGAACCUGCAGGUAGAAUUGUGAUGGGCCUUUUUGGAGAUGUUGUCCCAAAAACAGCUGAGAACUUCCGCGCGUUGUGCACAGGUGACAAAGGAUAUGGUUACAAAGGCUGCUCCUUCCACCGUAUUAUUAAAGAUUUCAUGAUCCAGGGAGGAGACUUCACAGAAGGAGAUGGAACUGGAGGAGUUAGCAUAUUUGGUUCUAGCUUUGAAGAUGAGAGCUUUGAUUUGAAGCACGUUGGACCUGGAGUACUGAGCAUGGCUAAUGCAGGUCCUAAUACCAAUGGGAGCCAAUUUUUCAUUUGUACAGUAAAGACUCCUUGGUUGGACAACCGGCAUGUUGUGUUUGGGCAGGUCAUUGAUGGAAUGGAUGUUGUCCGGAAGCUUGAAUCUGUAGAGACAAGUAGGUCAGAUUACCCUAGGAAACCAUGCAGGAUUAUCAAUUGCGGUGAGCUACCACUGGAUGGUUGAUCUAUCUGCGUGUAAAUAUUCCACUUAACUGGACUACAAUUUUUCUACAUCAUGCAUCCCAAAUUUUGAAAGAUCUACGACCCUCUUGUAGGACACCAUGCAUGUGAAAUUUUAUCCAUUUUAGCUGAGAUAAAUUAGACCAUUGCGUUGUAAACUCAUGAUAGAAGUGCAUGUACUACUGUUAUGCAGACAUAAAAUUUGUAAACUAUCAUUUCAAGGAGGUCUUUCUUUAAUUCAUAAAUGGUUACAAUA